CCAACCUCCAACUCGUGACCUCAACCACCAACACAACUCUACACACAAUGGCUACCGCUGCCUCCGCACCCCCACCCGCCCUCACAUUCCCGCGCCCCAUCUUCGCCGCCGUCUCGCCCCACCCAUUCCUACAAGCGCACCUCUCCGCCAGCAAGACUGCUGUCCGCGCCAACGGUCGCGCUGCACACGAGUUCCGCGCUCCAGGCGUGAACACAGGGAGUCUGACACACUGCAAUGGCUCAGCCGUAGUCCGACUAGGCAACACCAGCGUGGUCUGUGGCGUGCGCGCAGAAAUCCUGAAAGAGGAAGACACACCCGGUACAUCGUCGCCCGCCGCCGUGAACGCCAACGGCGACGUGGAAGGAGAUGAAGACGCAGGCGCAGAAGACGAAGUCGAAACUCUGCGCUUACUCGUACCGAAUGUUGAGUUGAGCACCGGCUCAACACCCGCCCACAUCCCCGGCAACGCACCAUCCACAUUCGCACAGAGCCUCAUCACUCGGAUACGCAGCCUGCUCCACAGCACGCGCCUCCUGCGCGCCCGCGAUCUGAGGAUAACGUACACGCCGACUACGAAUCCCGAGGACCCCGAGGCCGCGCCCGAGACGGAAUCGAAAGGGUACUGGGUACUGUACCUGGACGUAUUCUUCAUAAGCAUAGACGGCAACGCGUUUGAUGCCACAUGGCUAUCCAUCCUCGCUGCGCUGAAAAACACACGGCUGCCGCACGCGUAUUUCGACGAGGAGUGUGAGGGGAUAUUGUGCUCGGAUGACCCGAGUGAGGCAAGGACAUUGCAGUUGAGGGGCCUGCCGGUGUCGAGCUCGUUUGCAGUGUUUGAGGGCAGGGGCGAGGGCGAUGGGGAGACAGGCGGCGAGUGGGUGCUGAGUGAUCCUGAUGCGUUUGAGGAGGGGGUUUGUCGGGAGACGGUUACGGUUACUGUUGAUCGGGGGGUGAUUCGGAGGGUGGAGAAGAGUGGCGGGGGUGUUGUUGGGAGGGAGACGAUGAAGGCACUUGUUAAGAGAGCGACAGAGAGGUGGGCGGUUGUUGAGGGAGCAGUCAGCGGGAGACCGUGAGCGUUGAUGAACAUAUAGAAUUUUCGUCAUAGACGGGAGAAGUACAACAUCGAAGAAGCGCAAUCGAAGAAGCGCAAUCUGGCCGGUACGAAUGGUCACAAAGAUGCUUUCGAUCACGAAGCAAACGAGUGUAUCGAGGGAAUAAUCGGGUACACCACAAGAGCGCUGCCAGAAGGCAUGCAAGCAUGAACAAGAUCAAAAUAUU